AUGGCCAAAGACGACUCCACUGUUCGUUGCUUCCAGGGUCUGCUGAUUUUUGGAAAUGUGAUUAUUGGUAUGUGUGGCAUCGCCCUGACCGCAGAGUGUAUCUUCUUCGUAUCCGACCAACACAGCCUCUACCCGCUGCUUGAAGCCACUGACAAUGAUGACAUCUACGGGGCUGCCUGGAUUGGCAUGUUUGUUGGCAUCUGCCUCUUCUGCCUGUCCAUUCUAGGCAUUGUAGGCAUCAUGAAGUCCAACAGGAAAAUUCUUCUGGCGUAUUUCAUUCUGAUGUUUAUAGUGUAUGGAUUUGAAGUGGCAUCUUGUAUCACUGCAGCAACACAACGAGACUUUUUCACACCAAACCUCUUUUUGAAGCAGAUGCUGGAGAGGUACCAAAACAACAGUGCUCCCAACAAUGACGACCGAUGGAAAAACAAUGGAGUAACCAAAACCUGGGACAGGCUCAUGCUGCAGGACAAUUGCUGUGGUGUAAAUGGUCCAUCAGACUGGCAGAAAUACACAUCUGCCUUUCGGGCUGACAAUAAUGAUGCCGACUAUCCCUGGCCUCGUCAGUGCUGUGUAAUGAACAAUCUUAAAGAACCUCUCAACCUGGAGGCUUGCAAACUAGGAGUGUCUGGUUAUUAUCACAAUCAGGGCUGCUAUGAACUGAUCUCUGGACCAAUGAACCGACAUGCCUGGGGGGUUGCCUGGUUUGGAUUUGCCAUUCUCUGCUGGACUUUUUGGGUUCUCCUGGGUACCAUGUUCUACUGGAGCAGAAUUGAAUAUUAA